CAAGCAUGGACAACUGAUGACUACAGUAACUACUCCUGUAUUUGACAGGCAAAAUUAUUCGGUACGUGCUGCCAAUCUUUUGGGAGUCGUAGGUACAGAUGUGUCCAUUGACCAGAUCAAAAAACUUAUUCCACCAUAUAAGCUUGGUGUAAAUGGAUACUCUUUCAUAGUGAACAAUAAUGGCCAUGUUCUGUGUCAUCCGGACUUAAGACCUCUGGAAACCGGUGACUAUUAUGAUAACGAGCUGAAAUCCAAAUACGUAACUGUUGAUUUAACAGAAGUUGAACUGGUAGAACAUGAAAAUGGUCCUAGGGAAAAUCACACAGUCCUACUCGAUCUGAGACAUGACAUGAUCGACCAAAAAGAGGGCGAAACAGAGCUGAGUGUAAAAGUUCACUAUGACCAUAUGAGACGUGUAACUACAAGAAGAAAUAAGUAUUUCUAUAACCCCAUAGAAGGAACACCUUUUUCUCUAGGUCUUGCCAUACCAGAAGGAUACGGAAUGUAUGAGCUUUCCGCUGAACAAGAAAUCAAGCACAGUCAGAAAAAUGUGACUGACUACUUCAAGGGUAACAACUGGAGGGUUCACCCUGACUGGGUUUAUUGUGAAUACACCAGUGGUACCUCUGGAGAACAGUGGUUCAAAACCGCUGAAGAAAGAGUGUUGCAUUUUUUGUCUAGAAGUAGAAGACCUGGAUGGAAAUGGAUGUCUCUGCGGCCAAGGUUAACCUUGCUCAGAGAACACCAUCACUUAUCUUCGAAGCAAGAUAAGGAUGCCUAUUACUGUGAUAAAACACUAAUACAAUCUCUAGUUCUGGACUCUAUGGUAACAGAAAGCUUAGAAAAGCACCCAUUCAGACCUAGAUUGGAAGACAAGCAGCAAGGCUACGAAAUAUUUGGACUUGUGCUGACAUUCGUAGCUACAAGAAGCGGUUUGCUACGAUGGACAAACCAUACCAAUUUUAAGAGCAACGAACCUCAUUUCAGCGAGAAUAAUGUCAGAGCGAUGGACGAAACUUGGUACAAACGAGCUGUAGAUCAACAUUCUAUUGAACCAGAAAGCUUCGUUUAUUCAGUUCCAUUUGACGUGGGGUCAUAUGGAAAGCCCUUAGUGACCGCUACUCAUGCUGUCUUCGUCGAACAUAAGGGGCACAGAGCACCAGCAGCUGUCGUAGGAUUGCAAUAUCAACAUGCCACAUUGGCCUCGCAUUUUCACAAUAUUACUUCCAAGUGUACUGGUCCUAAUAGCUGUAAGAAAACCUGCGCAAGUGACAAGUUAGAUUGUUACGUAUUAGACAAUAAUGGAUUUGUGAUCAUCUCCGAAAAUAACGACCAUACUGGGAGGUUUUUCGGGCAAAUCGAUGGCACGAUCAUGGACUCUUUGGUUCAGGAUAGAAUUUACGUCAAAAUACCCGUCUACGAUUAUCAAGGAGCUUGUUCUAACAGCAGGUUUCACUUCAGCGGGGGAACUAGUAAAAUUGGACUCUUCGCCCCAGCAAAGUUGCUUCUGGGAAUAAUUAUGAAGAGUCUACUAUUUUUCUUCUCGCAACUCAACAAUGCUUAUGGUACUGCCUUGAUGUACACCCAAAAUGAUGAUGACGAUGACCUAGUUUACUCGGACUAUGAAAUAGACAACUACGCUAAUGGAGAUGAUCUUGGUGAAACACCCCAGUUGUCAUCUCCUACAAACACUUUCUCGCAACCAUUCAUCCCGACGUAUGAAUCGGAUCCUUUGGAGGAUGUAACAUUCGGGCCAUUUGGGGUAAAACCGUGUGACAGAAAGGUGGAUCUAUAUGUGUUACAACCAGAGAAGUUGAAUACAAGUGGGCAAAGUAAUCCGCUGAAAGGGAAGUUAACCAACUGUCACAACAGCGGCUGUGAAAGACCAUUCAGCGUCCAGAAGAUACCACAUAGCAACCUUAUUCUUCUGGUGGUGGAUACCGCAUGUCCAUGUGGUAGCAAGCAGCUGAGUAUCGUGCCACAAGAAGUCAGUUAUGAGUCAAAGAAUGGUGGUUGUCUGCAUAAGCCAAAGGAUAGUCUGUACAGAAGGAGGCCACCAAAGUGUAUAAACUAUCAUCCAGAGGAAGUGGAGAUCCGUAUAUGCGGCGGUGCAGCGUUCUUGUCUACGGAUACACUUGUAUUGUUACUGAGCCUCGCCAGUUGCAUCAUUGCUUUCCUGUCGUGAUUGGAUGCGUACAUGUAAUUAGGUCGUUAAUAAAUUUCAAAACUAUAAGAUGAUCGACGGUAGUACAUUUAUAUCAGUUAGACAUUAAGAGAAUUGUAAAGUUGUACAGAAUAUGUCGCUAUGACAUGAUGCAUAAGACGAUUUAAACAAAAACACUGUAGUGUAAAAAGUAUACCCAUCAUUCAAGAGCUAAAUCUUGGAUGAAGGUUUUCUUCCACUAUACCAUAUCAUACUAGGAUCAUGUCAUGGACAUAGAGUAACUUUGCUGCUGAUGCCACGCUACGUGGCACAGGCAGACCAAAGCAGUUAUCCAAGAGAAGACAGUUAGACAAGGCGAUCAAAUUAGAGAGAGAUAGACUGAUCUUACCAACAAAAUGGCGCUUAACCACGGAUUCUUCUUAAAUGGCCACCAAACCAAAGGCUCACAGAUCGCUGUUUUGGUGGUAAAAUGUGCUGAG